AUGAAGUCUUUCAUCUCUGCUCUCGCUUUCGCCGGUGCUGCCAGCGCCCACUGCACCAUCUGGGGUGUUUCCGUCAACAACAAAGACCUUGGCUACGGCAACUCUCAGGGUGGAUACAUUGACACUCCUCCCAACAACUCUCCCGUCACCGAUGUCACCUCCAAGGCGAUGGAGUGCAACGUAGCCAACAUCAAGGCGGCCAAGUCCAUCUCUAUCAACCCUGGUGAUGAAGUCGCUGUCCAAUGGUUCCACAACGGUCCCGGAGCCGGCGACCAAAUCAUUGAUGGAUCUCACAAGGGACCAAUCAACGUCUACAUGUCAAAGGCUGGCUCUUCCAUGUCAUGGACCAAGAUCGCCGAGGAUGGAUGGGAUGGCAAGUCGUGGGCUGUCACCAAGCUCCGCGAUGGUGCGUACAACGGAAAGAAGGGACAGCACACAUUCAAGAUGCCCAACGUCGCUGCCGGCGAAUACGUCAUCCGUCCCGAGAUUAUUGCUCUCCACGAGGGCAACAGGCCCUCGGGUGCCCAGUUCUACAUGGGAUGUAUUCACGUCAAGGUUGGCGGAUCCGCCAGCGGCUCUCUUCCUGCCGGUGUCUCGAUCCCAGGCUACGUCACCGCUACUACCCCUGGUGUCUUGUUCGACAUCUACAACUCAUUCCAGAGCUACCCCAACCCUGGUCCCAAGCUCUGGAGCGGUGCCGGUACCGCCACGGCUGCUGAUGCUGCUCCCGCUCCUGCUGCCUCUCCAUCUUCUGCUCCUGUUGCCGGUGCUCCCGCUGCCUCUCCAUCUCCCUCUACUGAGGCCCCUUCUACUGAGGCUCCUUCUAGUGAGGCUCCCGCUGCCGAGGAACCCGAGGAGUGCACUGACGAUUCUACAGAAGAGCCUGCUGAGGAACCUGCUACUCCCGCCCCUGCUGCUCCCGCUGCCUCUGCUCCUGCCACUGCUCCCGCUACCGGUGGUGCUGAGGCUCAGAAGUGGCACCAGUGCGGUGGUCAGGGCUACACGGGCGCAACUGCCUGUGUCUCAGGCACCACAUGCACCAAGCAAAACGACUACUACCACCAAUGUAUCUAA